AUGACAAGAGAAGCUACCAAGUUAGCGGCAAACACCGACGAGUUUACGACGUGCAAGCACGGACGACGACAGUCUCCAAUUGACAUAAUCACAGACACAUUAAUCUUUGACCUUUCAUUACGUCCGGUAGAGCUACACGGCGCAGACCAGCAGCUCACAAUCUCGGUAGAAAACGCCGGUCACGACCUCCUCUUCGCUGUGAUAUUCGGUGUCAUCACAUUUUCCGGCGGACCGCUCUCCUACACCUACCGGCUAAGUGAAAUGCGGUUAAAAUUCGGCUCUUCUUCUGACCGAGGCUCUGAACACCGAGUCAACUCCUUUGCCUACCCUGGAGAGCUGCAGUUAUAUGCCUACAAUAGUGACUUAUAUCGAAGUUUCGCCGACGCCGUUGACAAACCAAAUGGCAUCGCGGCAUUCUCUAGUAUGCUCCAACUCUCUUCAGAGACAAACAAGGACCUAAUGGGAAUUGUUAUGGCAGCAGAAAAAACCCAGUUCUUAGGGAACAAGUUUAACCUCAAAGGCAUCGAACUGCAGGCCCUAUUUCCGGUUGUCGACGAGUACAUGACGUACGAGGGCUCCUUGCCCUUUCCCAACUGUGCUGAAACUGUCACGUGGAUAAUCCUCAACAGGUCAAUUCAAAUCUCUCCUAGAGAGAUGAAAAUCCUUAGGCAACUGCGAACAGAUAAGACGCUUUGGUCUACCUCAAUGGCUGACAACUUUCGAGCAGUCAAUCCACUCAAUAACCGAUCAGUCCGAACGAACAUUCGGUUUGCGAAUUCGGUAAAUCCCCUGAGUAUGAGGACUCAUUUGUGGUUGAAAUUUAAGGCCGUCAAAAUUAAAACUUAA